AUGCAUGUCCCUUCCACUUUCACCAUCGUCCCCGCCCUUGUGCUGGCUCUCUUCGCAGCCACCGGCCACGCCGCACCGGCCACCGCACCGGCCUGCUCGGCAGUCGACAACCGUUUCCCCGUCGUCACCUUCCAGUCGUGGGUCACCGAGUGCGGCGACAAGAGUGGCCACACCAUGGGCACCAACCUGGUCUACCCUUCCCACGUUGACACUUGCCUUCCGCUCAACAACGAGAUCCGUGCUCUGGAUCUGCAGGACGUUGCCGAGGGCUGCCGCAUCACGGCGUACCGCAGCCCCGUCUGCGACGACUAUCCCUCCGAGGGCAUGACUCGGGAAACCGUCGGUUGUCUUUGGGCUGGCAAUCAAGAGUUCCACUCGUACAAGUUGACUUGCAACAAGCUGCCUUUGCAGUCGGAGGCUUGA